UUCAUCUGGGCCGAGGUCGGAUCUGCAGUGCAGCUCUCCCUCCUCCGUUUGGUUAGGCCUGGGCUCGGGCACAUAGGUAGUGCCCCUGCGAAGAUUCCCUCUGCGGCGGUCCCGGAGGGCUUGAUGCAGAGGGAAGGAGGAACACGGCGGAUCGGCACUGUGAUGUGUCCCUUCCGGCCGGCAGGCGGAUGACGUCAGACGCCGGGGGCGGAGCUAAGCGCGCUGACGUCAUCAACAUGCGCCACAGGUCCUGCAGCAUGAGAAGCACAUGGAGACACUAUAAAAACGCUCAGGACCUGUGUAACGGCGCCCUGCAUAGCGCGGCUCACAUAUUUUGGUGAAGCAUCUCUGAAGCGGUCGGGAGUCAAGAUGAGCACCCCCCUCACGCCGGGCUCUGGAACCGAGCCUGCAUCAAACCCUGGGACAGGAGAAAAGGAUUCGGCUUCUGCAGCCAAAAAAACUAGAAAAUGUGGUAUUUGCUGCAAAAGAUUGUCUAACACUGGAUCCAAGCCCCUGUGUAAAGAAUGUACUGCCAGUGUCAUCAAGUCUGAGUCUUCUAGUCUAAUUGAAGACAUUAGAAAAGUGGUAAAAGAAGAGGUUCAGCUAGCCUUAACUACCAGAGAACCUACUCCUCCCAAAGUUCCCCCCACUCAGGACGCCCGUAGUGUUAAAUCACUUAUCCUGGAUUCCGACUCUGAGGGGCUGGCGGUCUCAGACUCCGAAUCUGUCCAAAAACACCCGGCAUCUUCAGAUGAAGAGGGCGAAUAUAAGCGCUUCCUGUUCAAUCCUGAAGAUAUUGAUGAACUUAUCAGGGCCAUCAGGGCCACCAUUCAGAUGGAGAUGCCUAAAACCCCUAGGUCUACCCAGCAAGAAAUUUUUGGGGGUCUAGGUGAAAGGAAGAAGGCCGUUUUUCCAGUCCCUGAUAGUGUCCAAAAAUUAAUUAGGUCUGAAUGGGAAAAACCGGAUAAAGGAUCCUUUAUCCCAAGAGGAAUUAAGAGGCGCUACCCCUUUAGCCAAGAGGACUGUACGGAUUGGGAGACCAUUCCCAAAGUAGACGCGCCAGUGGCCAAGGUAGCAAAACAUACGGCCCUACCGUUUGAAGACUCAGCACAAUUGAAAGAUCCUCUAGACAGGAAAGCGGAAAGUCUCUUGCGAAAGACCUGGGAGACUACGGCGGCCCUUCUCAAACCGGGCGUUGCCUCCACAUGUGUGGCCAGAACACUGAACCUUUGGCUAGACCAGCUAGAGAUACAUCUGGUCAAUAAGACACCACGGGAUCAAAUUCUAGAGAGCUUGCCUCUAUUAAAGAUGGCAACCUCCUUUCUAGCAGACGCAGCUGCUGAAUCAGUUAAACUGUCCGCCCGUACAGCUGUUCUCUCAAAUACAGCGAGAAGGGCACUAUGGCUUAAAGCGUGGUCAGGAGAUAUCACAUCUAAAAAUAAAUUAAUCGCACUCCCCUUCCACGGUCAGUACGUUUUCGGAGAAGAUCUAGAUAAAAUCCUAGACAACGCGACAAAUAAAAAAAGAGGGUUUCCAGAGGAAAGAUAUAAACAAAAAAGGCAGCCCUUUCGUGACCGAUUUUUUCAACCCGAAAAUAAAAAAGAUAAAGGGAAGACUGGGAGGUGGAGCUAUGCGAAGGGAGGCAGGGGGAGAAGCUUCCUCUUCAACCCAAAUCGGGCCGAAGCCUCCUCAUCCAACAACAAACAAUGACGCCAUACCAGUGGGGGGAAGACUCGGCUCCUUUCUAAGAUCUUGGGAGCAUGUAACAAACAGCCGGUGGAUCUUAAGUAUUAUACAAGAGGGUUAUCUGAUAGAUCUUCUCUCUUCCCCUCCACAGAAAUAUGUGAUCACUACCCUUCCCCCAUCUCAAACUGCGACCUUAAAAAACGACAUAAAAAACCUAUUAACCUUGGACGCCAUAGAGCCCGUCCCGAAAAAUCAGACAGGACUGGGAUUCUAUUCCCGCCUCUUCAUUAUAAAGAAACCAAACGGGAAAUCCAGGGUAAUUAUAAAUCUGAAACAUCUAAACAAAUACGUAAGAUAUCAAAAAUUCAAAAUGGAGACCCUGAAGUCAGCAGUGAAACUCUUAAAAAAGGAUGCAGUGAUGGCCACAAUAGAUUUAAGCGACGCCUAUUAUCACGUCCCAAUUCACAGGUCAUCAAGGGAAUUCCUAAGGUUCGCAAUAGAAUUGGAGGGAAACAUUCAGCAUUUCCAGUUCAGGUGUCUCCCCUUCGGGAUCUCUUCUGCCCCAAGGGUUUUUACCAAAAUAAUGGCGGAAGCCUUGACAACCUUGAGAGAAAAGGCAAUUUGUGUGAUCCCCUAUCUGGACGACCUACUGGUAGUGGCGGACAACAUAGAGACCAUGGGAAUCCAUCUCGGGUUAGUCCUGGAUCAUCUACAGAGCCUAGGUUGGCUCAUCAAUUGGAAAAAAUCGGAUUUAAUCCCAUCCAAACGGAAAGUUUUUCUGGGCAUUACUCUAGACACAGUCUCCCAAAGAUCCUUUCUACCACCUCAAAAGAUAGUAAAACUUCAGACAGCUUUGAGGAAGUUCAAGAAGGAGAAAUUCUGUUCAAUAAGACAGGCCAUGAAGGUACUAGGGAGUCUGUCCGCUUGCAUUCCAGCAGUUGCCUGGGCACAGUUCCAUCUAAGACCACUCCAGAAAUUCAUCUUAGACAAAUGGAACAGAUCGCAAUUAACCCUAGAGAGGAAAAUAUUCUUAGAUGCAGAGACCAAAAAAUCACUAACUUGGUGGCUCAGCAAUUCGAACCUAGAAAACGGGAUUUUCUGGGCACAAGAUCUCCCUCUAGUCAUCACAACAGAUGCCAGCCUCCACGGGUGGGGAGCGGUCGUCCAGGGGAACUCCUACCAGGGAACAUGGGGGAAUUACGUGAGCCAGCAAUCCUCAAAUUUCAAGGAGCUGAGGGCAGUGUGGGAAGCACUGAAACACACAAGUCAGCUGGCAAAGGGUCGUCACGUCCUAGUCUACUCGGACAACGCUACAGCCGUGGCCUUUAUCCAACACCAGGGAGGCACAAGGCAUCGCCCGCUACAGAACCUGGCAAACAAAAUCUUUUCCUGGGCAGAAGGCAACAUUCAAUCUCUUUCAGCGGUUCAUUUGAAGGGAGUUUUAAACAUUCAGGCCGAUUACCUAAGCCGGCACAGACUAGACCCAGGGGAAUGGAUGUUAGCCCCAGAAGCCUUCCAUUUAAUCACGAAGAAAUGGGGCAGGCCGACGAUAGACCUGUUUGCAUCCAGGAGAAAUCAUCAGCUAAACCAGUUCUUCUCCCUCAACCCCAGGGAUCAUCCUCGGGCAGUAGACGCCCUCAACCAGAGUUGGACAACAAACUUAGUCUACGCCUUCCCCCCAUUUCCGCUUAUCCCCAGAGUGUUACAGAAGUUCCUAAAAGAAAAGUGUACACUAAUCCUGAUAACCCCCUUCUGGCCCAAGAGAAGUUGGUUCUCCCUCUUGAAAGCCCUCAGCGUGGAAGCUCCUCUCCUUCUACCUCAAAGGCCGGACCUUCUAAGUCAGGGACCUAUUUCUCACCCAGACCUGAAAAUACUAAAGUUAACAGCCUGGAUUCUGAAGAAUCCAACUUAUUAAACUUUGGUCUAUCAAAAAAAGUAGUGAACACCUUACUCCUUAGCAGGAAACAGAGUACCAACGACAAGUACCAAAAAAUAUGGAAGAAAUUUGCUGAUUGGUCUGGGACCUCCUUCAACCAGUUUAGAGCCAACAUCUCACUAAUCCUGGAUUUUCUUCAAGAAGGGCUAGAUUUAGGUCUAUCCCCCAAUACCCUUAGGGUCCAGGUAUCGGCUUUAGGAGCACUAUAUAAUACCAAGCUAACGGAACAUCCCUGGAUAUCCAGAUUCCUUAAGGCGGCAGAUAGGAUCAGACCUACAAUUAGAAACAUGGUGCCACCAUGGAACCUUAAUACAGUACUAGGGGGUCUAACCUCCGAUCCAUUCGAACCUCUGGACUCUAUCCACAUCAGAUGGCUUACCAUUAAAACGAUUUUUCUGGUGGCAAUAACCUCAGCCAGAAGGGUCUGUGAGCUGCAGGCCUUGUCCAUCCAAGAACCAUUCCUUGCAAUAUUUGAGGACAAAUUAAUUUUCAAAUUAGAUCCGACUUUCCUCCCCAAGGUAGUCUCGACCUUCCAUAGGUCUCAGGACAUUGUUCUCCCCUCGUUCUGUGACGAUCCGAAAAACGAUCAAGAAAUCACUUACCACACAUUAGAUGUCCGGAGAGCGGUCUUAAAGUACCUGGAAGCUACCAGCCUUUGGAGAAAAGACAAAAAUCUGUUUGUCCAAUUUUCAGGUCCUAACAAAGGGAAGAAAGCGGCAAAAAGUUCCAUCUCCAGAUGGAUUAAGAUGGCAAUCUCCGAAGCAUAUAAAGCUCAGGGAAAAGACGUCCCUGCUUCCCUAAAAGCACAUUCUACGAGAGGCAUGGCUGCCUCCUGGGCGGAAAAAGCCUCAGCCUCCUUACAACAGAUUUGCAGGGCAGCAACAUGGAAAAGAGUUCAUACUUUCACUAAGCACUACAGACUAGAUGUAGCUGCUAAUGACGACCUAAGAUUUGGACGUAAGGUCCUGUCGGCAGUUGUCCCCCCCUAAUUGUAUCUUUGAUAUUGUCUCAGGACUUGGUGUCAUGGAGACGACUGGGGAAAAGAGUA